UAUUCGCGUACGAUGGCUUGUUUUUAUUGCUCAGUUUGGUUAGUCCAUGUCGAGAAUGGGUGAGGUUUAGAUUGAACAAUAUUAUCACCGUCAAAAUAUGGAAUACAAAAUAUUAAUUGCAAAGGAUUAAUUUUAGAUGGUGGAAAUUACCAAACAACAGCAGAAAUCCGGGAAUGCAAUCAACGCAACCGAUUCACCAGGUACUAUGAAGCAGCAGCAACAACAGCAUCAAAACCAGCGCAGCCCGAAGAACACGGUCUACUGGUUCCGCAAAGGGCUACGAUUGCACGAUAACCCGGCACUACGUGAGGGCCUCAAGGAUGCUUCAAGCUUUCGUUGCGUGUUCAUAAUUGAUCCUUGGUUUGCGGGCAGCUCCAACGUUGGUAUUAACAAGUGGAGAUUUUUGCUUCAGUGCCUGGAGGAUUUGGACGGAAACCUACGGAAGCUUAACUCACGUUUGUUCGUCAUUCGUGGUCAGCCGGCUGAUGUGUUGCCAAAAUUGUUCAAAGAAUGGAACACCACAUGCCUCACGUUUGAAGAAGACCCGGAGCCGUUCGGCAAGGUGCGCGACCACAGCAUCCAAGAAAUGUGCAAAGAACUGGGAAUAGAGGUCAUCUCUGCUGUGUCCCACACACUCUAUAAGCUUGAAAAAAUAAUCGAAAAAAAUGGCGGACGAGCUCCGCUCACGUAUUAUCAGUUCCAAGCGAUAAUAGCCUCGAUGGAAGCUCCGCCCCAGCCCGAACCAGCAAUCACACUAGAGACAAUCGGCAACGCAACAACGAUGGUGAGCGAUGACCACGAUGAAAAGUAUGGAGUACCUACGCUGGAGGAGUUGGGUUUCGACACCGAGGGUCUUAUGCCCCCCGUUUGGGUGGGUGGCGAAACAGAAGCUCUCGUUCGCCUUGAGCGUCAUCUGGAGCGCAAAGCAUGGGUAGCCUCCUUUGGACGGCCAAAGAUGACCCCUCAAUCGCUGUUUGCCAGUCAAACUGGCCUCUCGCCAUACCUACGGUUUGGCUGUUUGAGCACGAGGCUGUUUUACUACCAGCUAACAGAUUUGUUCAAAAAAAUUAAGAAAGCUUAUCCGCCACUGUCACUCCACGGUCAAUUGCUUUGGCGGGAGUUUUUCUACUGUGCGGCGACCAAAAAUCCUAACUUCGACAAAAUGGUGGGAAAUCCCAUCUGUGUACAAAUUCCAUGGGAUCGGAACGCGGAAGCGCUGGCCAAGUGGGCCAGUGGCCAAACCGGAUUCCCCUGGAUCGAUACGAUUAUGACGCAACUUCGAGAGGAAGGCUGGAUUCAUCAUCUGGCACGACACGCGGUCGCAUGUUUCCUAACACGUGGAGAUCUGUGGAUCUCAUGGGAAGAGGGAAUGAAGGUGUUCGAAGAGUUGCUGCUCGAUGCGGACUGGUCGGUCAAUGCGGGCAUGUGGAUGUGGCUCUCCUGUUCUUCGUUUUUUCAGCAAUUUUUCCACUGCUACUGUCCGGUCAAGUUUGGUCGCAAAGCGGACCCCAACGGGGACUACAUUCGGCGCUACCUGCCCGUGCUAAAGAAUUUCCCAACGCGCUACAUCCACGAGCCAUGGAAUGCAUCCGAGAGCAUACAGCGGGCAGCGAAGUGCAUCAUCGGCAAGGACUAUCCGCUGCCAAUGGUAAAUCACGCAAUCGCCAGCCGUGCCAAUAUGGAACGCAUCAAACAGGUAUACCAACAUCUGUCCAAAUUCCGCAGUCCGCACAGUGGCAAUACGAACGAUUGCGAAUGCACUGAGAAGGGUGGCUCGGCAAUUACCGGAGUGAUGACUCCCGGAAAGAUGCAGCACAUGAACGCUAGCAGCCUGAACGACAGUCCCAGCCCGACCACGAUAAUGUCUUGCGUGAACAGCUCUGGAAACUACAUGUGCGGUAGCAACCCAUUGACACAAAUCGACGCAAAUACCAAAAUCAUAACCUACCGCAAAAAUCGAUCACCGAUCGGAGGAGAAAUACAAUCACAGCUACAACAGCAGCAUACACAAUCUCAUCAACUUCAUCAACAGCAACAGCAGCAACAUCUGAUUGAUCACCAGCCUCACAUUGGACAGUAUAGAAAUUUCAUAUCGCGCCAAGCAUCCGCGAAUGUCACGAUCAAACCAGAAAACCCCAAAAUGGCUGCCAAUAACAGAAUGAUUAACGCGCAUUUCCUCACGCUCCAGAAUCAGUUAAACAGCAGUUUGAUACCGUUGAGUAGUGGCACUACAGGAAAAAUAGAGUCAAACAGUUUCGAGUACGAGAGAAAUCAAGAAAAUUUGUACAACAGCCAGUUCAAGGUUGAAUACACGGACAACUUUAAUUCAGGCUACGGUAUGCGUAAUCCGGUGUUUUACAGUCAUGCACGGGACGAGGACUCGGUAGAGCACCAGUACCAGCAGAAUAAUGAGCAGUCGUCACGUCCGAUGGAUACGACGACCGAAAUCAGCUACCAGAAGUCACAACAGAACCAGGAAACAAGUCAACCGAUCCAUAAUCCCUACGGGGUUAUCCACCAUCAGCCGCAAACAUUUUCGGUACAGCUACCGAUGCAGCAGCUUCCGUCCAACGAAGAGAAACUGACCACAGCCGAUUGAAGGGAACGUUUGGAGUGUUUUAUCUGUGUUUUCGAUGGAUUCCUACCCGGAUGCAUACAUACAACUAUGUUUAUGUUCCAAAAAUUUGUGGCCUCAGUCGUAGAAA